AUUUUCUCGCUGCACCAUUUGUCAAACCGGGUAUAUUUACGCAAUCUGCUGAUAUUAAACACAAAAUUUGGAUGUGCUGUAAGCUCUGCACUUAAAAUGGGUAAAGCAAUGUCCGUCGUUGGACGGCAGGUGCAACGAUUCAAUGUGGAAAACCGGGCACAGAAAGUGAUAUCGCAAGCAAAACCCAAACCGGCUCCAAAGUUUGAAUCCAAUCUGCGAGAUUUGGAGCGUGUGCUCAAGGAUCACCCAGAGAUUGUCGAAGAGCAGAGUCGUAAGAAUGUUCAGUUGGAUGAAAACUUGCGCCAAGUCUACGUUACCUCAAAGGAUGUGAUGAUCGAUCCCAAGGCUGCUCAAACGCAGGACCCUGAUAAACCUCUUCCCAUAAACCGUACCACCGUGGAAGAGUACGAGUUUGGCCAUCUCGAACCGCGCACCGUCACGAAGGGCCGUUGCACGCUGCGGCAAGCGGUACAGUUUAUCGGCAACCAUCAGACCGAUCCGCAGCAGUGGACCUCGGCAAAGAUAGCGGAGUAUUACAACAUGAAGGAACCACUAGUCAAAAACAUACUCGAUCACUUCAAAUCGUUCGAAGUGCAUUUACCCGACAAAAACCUCGAACGGCGUAGGGUACUAACGCGGGCGGCAGAAGGCGCAAAACAGAUCGAAUAGGGGGAAAAAUAGAAAUAAAUCGCGAACAACAAACAAACAAUAGUA